ACAGUCUCUCUUUUUCUUCCUUUGCUUCACCCUCCCGCUCCACCUACCCGAGCGAGUCAGGUCGCGCCAAUAAGCACGAGUACCCGCGCACAUACUAGAACGCUCAUGCCGAACAUGAACUACAAGCCCUCGGGCGACUUUGAUCCUCUCGAAGAGGCGAUCCGACCGCCCCUGGACGAAACAGAACGGGAGCGCAGUCAACGAGUAGCACAGGAAGCGGAGGCCAAGCGCAUCAGCAAUGCAAUCGACGAGUCCCUACGUCUAGAACGCCAGGACCGCAAGAAAAGGCGCGUUGUUCGUCUCCUCCUACUCGGCCAGAGCGAGUCGGGCAAAUCUACCACUCUGCGACACUUCCAACGGCUAUACACACCCAAUGCCUUCCGGGAAGAACGCGUCCUCUGGCGGAGCGUCAUCCAGCUCAACAUCGUCCGCUCCGUGCACACCAUGAUCGACGCGCUCUCCGGCGUCCGGCGGCAACACAUCGACAGCGGCGGCGAAGAGUCCGAGGACGGGCUCACCACGCUCAACAACGGCGCCGCCGGCCACAGCGGGCUUUCGCAGGAGCUCGAGUUCCUCAAGAUGCGCCUCACGCCGCUGCGGCACAUCGAGCAGCUGCUCAUCGCAAAGCUCGUCCCGCCCGGCGAGGACGAGGCGCUCGCGCUCCCCCCGCCGCCCGGGAUCAGCCCGUCGGCGAGCAGCACGUACGGGCACAGGUCGCAGCGGAGCAGGAGCGACGAGCGCGCAUUUCGCGGCCAGGAGGUGUUUGUCAGGCCGGGGACGAGGUGGAAGGGUUCGGUGAACCGUGGGGGGAUGGGAAAUGGGCAACAGCACGAUGAAGAAGAUGACGGGCGUCCGAGUAGCGAGGGGGAUGCACCGGAGACGAGGGACGAAGCGCAGGAGGUGCUCGCGGCGUGUUGUCAGGAUAUCACGACGCUCUGGAACGAUCGAUUCGUGCGCGAGGUGCUGAAGAGGCGGAAGAUACGGCUGGAGGAAUUUCCUGGAUUUUUCUUGAAUGACAUUGAGCGCGUAACGGCGCUGAAGUAUAUACCAUCAGACGACGACGUCCUCCGUGCACGACUCAAGACCGUCGGCGUGUCCGAAUACCGAUUCGAGAUGGAGGCGGCAGCAGGACGCGAGAGCGGAACCGAAUGGCGGAUUAUUGAUGUCGGCGGGUCGAGAUCACAGCGAGCAACAUGGAUUCCAUUCUUCGAUGAUGUGGACGCGAUCAUCUUCCUUGCGCCGAUAUCCGGCUUCGACCAGGUCCUCGCCGAGGACAGGAGCGUUAAUCGUCUGGAGGACAGCGUGCUGCUCUGGAAAUCCAUCUGCGCGAACAAGCUCCUGGCGAACGUCGAGCUCGUGCUGUUCCUGAACAAGUGCGAUAUCAUGGAGGCGAAGCUGCGCUCGGGUGUGCGGCUGAGCAAAUACGUCCGUUCGUACGGCGAGCGUGCUAACGAUCUCGAGAGCGCGUCAAAAUACUUCCGGAGCAAGUUUAGUGCGAUACACCGCGAAUACUCGCCCCUCCCGCGCAAAUUUUACGGCUUCUGCACGUCGGUCACCGACACGAGCACGACGGCGGGUAUUCUUGCCAGCGUACGGGACAUGGUCGUACGGCGGCAUCUGAAGCAGUCGCGGCUACUAUAGCACGAAGCAUUCCCCAAUCAUGGUCAUUUUCGUUUGCAUCAUCUAUCUUUCCCUUAUUCUCAGCCCUGCCAAUUUUUCGCUCAUCCAAAUAUCUGCUCGCGAGCGAGGUCUCAUGGUCAUCCUGUCCUUGAUGCCCGUCCGCUACAUGCUAUGAAACCCGGCUCGCCCUUCCUGCAUCCGCCCUUACACAUAACUAUCUGAAUUGCUUUGUGUUAUACUUACCCGCAUCUCCCCUCAUGUUCAUAUCGGCGCAUCGUAUCCAGCUCAUUCGGGUCGUAAAAGGUCUCAGGGUCCUGGGCGUGGCUUCAACACCGGUGAAUGACCGCAUGCGUGCCUGUUCGAAUGGGCGCAAAUCCCCCUGGGCCUGUUCUCCUCGCCCCUGAGAUUGAUAGUGUCUGGCUUCACUUCGCUCUUCCCCGGCACCUUGCGGUUACCCCCUUGACGACCCCUCAACCUUCUUCAACUCGACUUUACCUUCUCCAAGCUCCGGUCCGGCGGCGGCCCAACCCACUAGCAUGGUGAUAAUGCCGCACUACGUGUCGAUAUUGUAUCAACCCAGAUUUUCGCUCGCG